GUUAAAUACCUUCGUACAGAAAAGAAGAGACCGAGUGAGAGAACUACAACCUGUCGCACUUACAACGAGCACAGCAACCGACAUCGCCCUCCCCAGCUCGACAGAUUUGCGAAGAAACAAACUUCCCAACACAGAAGUCAGCAAGGAGUCUGCAGGAGGGGUUGGACACAGCGAAAGUGGCAUUGCCGGCCACGCACGUGUACCCCAAGUUCCCUUAAUUGGUUGACGACGACCAUGGAGUACUUCAGGAAAGAUGCCAGCAGCACCACUUCAGUCAUGGCUCUGUACAUGGUGAUGUACCCUGUCUUUGACCAGUUGGACAAAGUCAACCUGUCAGCAGCGCAGACAUUGCGUGCAGCCUUUAUAAAGGCAGAGGAGGAGAACCCCGGCGUGACAGAAGACUUUGUGCUGAAACUACUUAAGAAGAAGAACCUGAAAAUCAAUUAUAAUGAGUGCCUACUUCGCAUGGCUGCUGCCGAUGUGAAAGAGUUUCGAAUUGAGAGGCAGGAGCCAGAGUUCCAAGAGUUGAAUGAGAGGUCCCAUUCUCUUAAACACAUCCUCAGCACCAUACCUGAUGAGAUCAAUGACAGAGUGGGGUUCCUACAGACCAUCAAAGACAUUGCCAGUGCCAUCAAAGAGUUGCUAGACAUCGUUAAUACCAUCUUCAGGAGGUACCAGUAUCAAAACAGACAGGCGCUGGAACAGCAGAAGAAAGACUUUGUGAAAUACUCCAAGAGUUUCAGCGACGCUCUCAAAACCUUCUUCAAAGAUGCAAAGGUGCUCAACGUGUUUGUCAGUGCCAACCGGCUCACCCACCAAAUAAACAUGAUACUGGAGGCCUUCAAGAUGGCGACAUAGAAGCCUGAGAUGACGCAGCCAUAGUGGAGGAUCGGGAGGGCAAACCUUGUUGAUGACGUGAUUUUUAUUUUGCUCUUUUAUUGUUGUUGUACUUCAUUGCUUAGCGUUUUUUUUGUACCUCCUGCGACAUGGAGAAUAUAUCUCUUCUUUUCAUGGGUUUCUUGGAAGGAACAAAGCAUUAAAAAAAGUAGUCAAUUGCGUUCUUGCCGACAAAGUCAAGUACACAUCCCUUGGAUGUUAUUCCCUCGCACCUAGCACGUAAGAAAAUUGCUGGACACUACCAGGCCUUGUCUUUCAUGUAUUAUUCAUAGCACCGCGCUAACUGGUUUUGACCACAAGAGACAUUUCCUAUUAAUUACGUCGAAAAUCUCCAAGCUGUACUUUCAUUGCCCCGAAGAGAAAUUCUCUCGUCGCCUUUUUGAAGGAAAUUCUGCACACUGGAUUGAUUUCUGACCGCUGUGUGAGAAAUGAGCAAAUUAUUUGUCGACUUGCUCAGCAUUGUUAUUUGUGAUCCCGCUGCUUUCUAUUGUUCAUUUAUUCACUGUCCAAUCAUGCUAAAAAUACUCUUGAUUUCAUCUCCCUUAUAAGCACUUUAGUCAACUUUUUUUUCCCCCCCCCCCAGUGAAUAAAGUGACUUGACAUUGA